CUCUGGUGUCGGACCUGGUGGAGGACCAGGCAGGUGGGCACCCUCACCGCCGCACCCACUCGGGCUCGAGGGCCGCGGCCGGCCCGCCGGCCCGUCCUCCAUCCCUCUCCCCUCGGCGUCGCGCUCUGUGGUGUGGCGCGUGGGCCUUUGGGGACCUCGGCCCCUCCUCCGGGCUGGGCGCCCCAUCCCGGAGCCGUUGUUCCGACACUCCCGGGGGGCCCGCCGCCAGGCUCGAUGCGGGCAUUCAAGCGUGCGCUGGACACGCCCGACCGAACCCUGCCCGACCCGUCCGAGGAGCCAUGGCCGGGCGGGCCGCUGUCGCGGCCCUCGUGGCCUGCGGUGGGCCCUUCGCGGCGGCGCUGCACGAUCUCCGGGGACGGCGUCGCGGUCCCGGAGAAGUGGCCGCCGCUGCAGCCGCAGGACCCCGAGUUCUUCGCGUUCAUCAAGCGCUACCCCAUGUGCCGAGGCGUCGGGGGCCUCCCCGACAUGUUCGACUGGUACGCCAGGACCCCGAAGGCCAAGGUGCCGACCAAGGACCCCCGUACGGUGUGGGGCGGCGCCAACCACGAGGCGGUGGAGCAUAUCAUCGAGACGCUGGAGGAGAACUUCCCCCACGGGCGCCAGGACAGGUCCGCCUACUUCACCGGUGACAUGUUCCUCAGCAUGCUCGACGAGGAGACGAUCGAGAGGCUGAAGAAGCUCUUCAAGGGCGGCCUGUUCUUCCAGGCUAAGGACAUCCCGUGGGAGGGCGUGACUACGGCUCCGGUCGGACUGAACGAGUAUUAUUUCCGCAAGACGUGGGACGUCGCCGAGAAGGCGAUCGCCGCGGCGAGCGUCGACGCCAAGCCUUACGCAGCCCUCGGAGCCUGGGGAUACAUGCGCAAGCUCGGAGGCAUCAAGAGCCGACAGCUGCUCCAGGGGUGGGUGGAGACGGAGGCCGCCAAGGCGGCCGGGGUGCAGCACCGCAUGAUCGAGCCCCGGGAGUACUUCUCGGAGCUCGCGAAGUACAAGUUCCUGCUGGCGCCCGGCGGCGGAGGGAUCCUCUCUCCCAAGACGGACGAGGCGCUGCUCGUGCUGACCGUGCCGAUCGUCAUCAGGGACGGCUACGCUGCCUACGACGAUUGGCCCAAGUUGGGGUGGCCCAUCGUGAUCCUUGAUGCCUGGGAGGAGGUCACGGCCGAGAAUUUGGACACCUGGUGGGCCAAGUUCUCGCCGCGUUUGCUGAGAUUCCGCGAGAAUUGUCUUACGUCUGAGGGUUUCUUCAAGCUGGUCACCGGCACCAGCCACUAUUGCGAGUAGGUACCUUCUCCAUACAGGUCCGUUGCACGGUGGUUGGAGUUCUUGUGGGAAGGCAUCCUUCGAAUUUUCCGCCCAUUCCUCCUCUUUUCCGCAUUCCUACUUCCACCAUCCCCACCUCCUACCUUUUUCCUUCCUUGCCGCAUCAUGCACUUACCAGCGAGCUACUUGUUCCAGGGGCAGAAGAAGAGGGCAGCACGAUCCACAAAUCCUUCUCCCCAUUCCCAAA